AUGGACGAAAAAUGGAAGCGUCGAGAUCUUUUUGGAUUUAUACGGGCCACAAUGUGGGUGGCAUCCAUGUAUCCAUGGAAUGCAGACAAUCAGAGAACUGGAUUUUUAAAGUAUUCAAUAGAAUUUCUCGAUGUGUGCUUUGAAAUCUUCAAUUACUUUGUCUGUGGCCAUAUUGCGAUACUAUAUAUCUGCACAAUUUUAAUCAAUUACGACAAGGGAGAUCUGGAGUUUAUCGUCAAUUGUUUCCUUCAGACGAUCAUCUAUAUAUGGGCGAUUUUCAUGAAACUUUACUUUCGACGAUUUCAAUCCAAACUCUUGCAUGAAACCAUUAGCUUCAUGAAUGAAAAACAUCAGAUUCGCUCGGCUCGCGGAUUCACCUAUGUGACCAUGAAGGGUCCAAUGCGUUAUACGAAUAUUUGGGCUAAAAGCCUGAUCUAUAGCUGCCAAGUGGCUGCUCUGUUCUGGCUAGCUCUCCCUAUCGCCUACAGGGAUAAGAGUCUGCCUCUGGCCUGCUGGUAUCCCAUUGACCACAAGCAACCAAUUGUCUAUGAAGUCAUUUUCUUUCUUCAGGGCAUGGGACAGAUUCAAAUAUCCGCUGCCUUUACGGCUGCCAGCGGAUUGUAUAUGGUGAUUGGUAUUCUAAUAUCGGGACAAUAUGAUAUUUUAUUUUGCAGUCUGAAAAAUGUGUUGGCCACAAGUUACUUGGAAGUCGGCGCUACACUCACGGAACUGAGAAAACUGCAAGAGGCACAAUCUGUGGCCGAUGCCGAGCUGAAUCAAUACAGCUAUGCAAUAGAGGAGCGAACUCCGUUGGAAGAACUCAUUCGGGAAAGAGAUGCAAAUAAUAUUACAGACUUUUCCGCCUCAUUCAAUCGCGCUUUCAAAAGCUGUAUAGCUCAGCAUCGGUUUAUUAUCGCGGCUCUUAGGAAAAUCGAAAGGUUCUUUAAUCCCAUUUGGCUUUGCAAGACGGGCGAGGUGACAUUCUUGGUGUGCCUUGUGGCCUUUGUCUGGACGAAGAGCACUUCGGCCAAUUCGUUUAUACGUAUGGUAAUCCUAGGCCAAUAUUUGGUGUUGGUGCUCUUUGAGAUGUUUGUCAUCUGCUAUUUUGCCGAGUUGGUCUAUCAGAACAGUCAGCGUUGUGGCGAUGCUCUGUGGCGUAGUCCUUGGCAACUGUGUAUGCGCCAGGUGCGCAGUCAUUACCUCUUCUUCAUUAUGAAUGGACAGAAACACUUUCAGCUAACCGCUGGCAAGAUAUACAAUCUGAAUGUGGAACGCUUUAGGAGCAUAAUUACCACAGCAUUUUCAGUGCUUACGCUCUUAAGGAAAAUGGAUGCGCGUGGAAAUCUCUAAAUGAAUUUGAAAUGCGAGUAAA